CCCCCCCCCCCCCUGGCUGGCCCAGACCACGUUGAUGCUGUUGUGCCCACCCCGCCUUCCCCCUCCCCUUUUACUCCGGCGUUCCCACCAUACCUUCUUCCAGUGAUGGCGAUGAGUACCGACCCGGGCUGCAGAAGGGACGACUCUGACCCUGACUCAAUGACCCCUGACCCCAGUAACCUCACCGCCAUGAUGGCCGCAGUCACCAUGAAGACCACCGAGACAGACGUCUCACCGGCCAAUGGCGUGAGGAACGGGGCUCAGCAGGACGGAGCUAAAAGAGGCCCUCCUUCGCGGGCACACCUCUCAGGGAGGAAGCUGUCGCUACAGGAACGAGGGACGUACCCAUCAGGGGGGACUCACGUCUCCCCCCGUGUGGCACGCAGACCCACCGUGGAGUCCAAGCAGGUCUCCAUCUCAGAUGCAGAGGACUGUAUCCAGCUGAACCAGUACAAGCUGAAGAGUGAGAUCGGCAAGGGCUCCUACGGCGUAGUCAAACUGGUCUACAAUGACAAUGAUGACAAUCACUAUGCCAUGAAGGUGGUGUCCAAGAAGAAGCUGAUGAAGCAGUAUGGAUUUCCACGUCGCCCCCCUCCGAGAGGACCCAAGGCUGCGGUCCAGGGGGAGCAGCCCAAAGUCCUAGGCCCCCUAGAGAGGGUGUACCAGGAGAUCGCCAUCCUCAAGAAGCUGGACCAUCUCAACAUAGUCAAACUGGUGGAGGUGUUGGAUGAUCCUGCAGAGGACAACCUUCACAUGGUGUUUGAUUUGAUGCCAAAGGGUCCAGUGAUGGAGGUCCCCACAGACAGCCCCUUCACUGAGGAGCAGACACGCCUCUACUUCAGAGACAUCGUCUUGGGCAUCGAGUACUUGCACUACCAGAAGAUAGUCCACCGGGACAUCAAGCCUUCUAACCUGCUGCUGGGUGACGACAGUCAUGUGAAGAUUGCUGACUUUGGGGUCAGUAACCAGUUUGAGGGCAACGAUGCCCUGCUAUCCUCCACAGCUGGGACUCCUGCCUUCAUGGCUCCAGAGACCCUGUCAGACAUCCGUCAGAGCUUCAGUGGCAAGGCGUUGGACGUAUGGGCCAUGGGAGUAACUCUCUACUGCUUUGUGUUUGGGAAGUGUCCGUUCAUCGAUGAAUACAUCCUGGUUCUACACAAUAAGAUCAGGACUAAAUGUGUGGAGUUCCCAGAGUCGCCAGAGAUUAGUGAAGAGCUGAAGACUCUGAUCCAGAGAAUGCUGGACAAGAACCCAGACACCAGGAUCACGAUACCUGAGAUCAAGUUGGACCCGUGGGUGACCCAAGAUGGUUGUGAUCCCUUACCUCUAGAGGAGGAACACUGUACCGUGGUGGAGGUCACUGAGGAGGAGGUGCAGAACUCUGUCAAGUUUGUCCCCAGCCUUUCUGCUGUGAUCCUGGUGAAGGCCAUGCUGCGGAAGAGGUCGUUCGGUAACCCCUUUGAGUGUCCCCGAAGUAGAGAGGAGAGGUCCAUGUCUGCACCUGGCAACCUGUUAAUGGAUGUUUGGCCGUUCCGCCACUCUUUAAAACUCCACCCCUCUCUAAGGAAGGGCAGCAGUGGCGAGGGCAGUAGGGAGGGAGAGCUAGAAGACCUGGAUGAAGAUGAACCCUUAUCUCCAAUCAGCACAGCCCAGCUUAGCUCCACACAGGCCUCUGAGCCACCUCCUCCCCUUUAAGAACUAUAUUCCCUUCCCCUUUAAACCCCCAUCUGUGCAUUGCCUCUCUCCUUUUAAAUCUAUAAUGCACACCACUCUUAUAUUCGUGUCCCUUCCCCCUUCAUCCUUCCCUGAUCUCACCUCACUCCGUCAUCGUGUGUAAUUACCCAAAGAAACACAGAGAACUCUGUCAGCGCAGGAGACAAUACACUGGACCACCGCCCUCAAAGGUUGUUCACUGGUAAACUCAAGACUAUUGGAAUCUCUACUGUCUGUCUGUCUGUCGCCAUGAUGUCACUGUGAAGAAGAGGACUUGCGUUUUGGUUUGUUAUGUUUCGAUGUCACAAUGCAUGAUGAACGUCAUCACCGUUCAGAGACUCUAUUGAGGCAUCCUUCACAGUCAUGGACAAUAGGUUCCCUAACAGCCUCCUGAGGCAUCCUUCACAGUCAUGGACAAUAGGUUCCCUAACAGCCUCCUGAGGCAUCCUUCACAGUCAUGGACAAUAGGUUCCCUAACAGCUUCUUGAGGCAUCCUUCACAGUCAUGGACAAUAGGUUCCCUAACAGCUUCUUGAGGCAUCCUUCACAGUCAUGGACAAUAGGUUCCCUAACAGCUUCUUGAGGCAUCCUUCACAGUCAUGGACAAUAGGUUCCCAAACAGCCUCUUGAGGCAUCCUUCACAGUCAUGGACAAUAGGUUCCCUAACAGCUUCUUGAGGCAUCCUUCACAGUCAUGGACAAUAGGUUCCCUAACAGCCUCCUGAGGCAUCCUUCACAGUCAUGGACAAUAGGUUCCCUAACAGCUUCUUGAGGCAUCCUUCACAGUCAUGGACAAUAGGUUCCCUAACAGCUUCUUGAGGCAUCCUUCACAGUCAUGGACAAUAGGUUCCCUAGCAGUCUCUUGAGGCAUCCUUCACAGUCAUGGACAAUAGGUUCCCUAACAGUCUCCUGAGGCAUCCUUCACAGUCAUGGACAAUAGGUUCCCUAGCAGUCUCUUGAGGCAUCCUUCACAGUCAUGGAUAAUAGGUUCCCUAACAGCCUCCUGAGGCAUCCUUCACAGUCAUGGACAAUAGGUGUCCUAAGAGUCUGCCUGACCAAAAGACUGGCGCAUGCAGCUGUUAUUAUGACCCCUCCUACAGUUUAAAAGGAGAUGUAAACACAGGACUUUUAACCACCUAACACAAUCAAUAGUUUAAAUCUGCAGUGUUGUACAUAGAUCAGAAAUGUGUCAGUCGGGAUCAUGUUGUUGUCUAGCUAGCUCACCCAUACAUGCUAAGCUGUCAACAUAAAGCUUCCACUAGCUCACCCAUACAUGCUAAGCUGUCAACAUAAAGCUUCCACACACAGUGCCGUCAGAAGCCUUGUUGAACUGGUUGAUUGGUUGUGACACAUACACGCACGCACACACACACACACACACACAUAGACACGCACGCACACACACACACACACACACACACACACCCCUGGUGCUCCCCACAGGGUGUUGAGGCUUUGAUUGGUUCUACAGAUCAGCUACUUUGGUAAUAUUUACCCUGAUAAUUAACAGGAAAUCAGAUUCCAGGAACCAUUAUUAGCAUAACUCAAACGCACACACACACACACACACAGACGCAUACACACACACAGACGUACGCAUACACACACACACAGAUGUAUGCAUACACACAGACGCAUACACACACAUAAACAGACACAUACACACACCUCCGUUUGACCUCCAGUCGACAGGCCAUGUUACAGGCUGUCGUCUUGUCUUCAUCUCUGUUGCUCUCGUCAUCUCCUCUAAAGCAUCCUACACUCUUCUCCCAUUAACACUUUCUCCUUCUUCCAUCACUGCUAUAUGUUACUCAGAAACCGUGAUUGAUCAUCUCCCGUCGGGCUAUGCCGUAAUCUGAGGCAGAGCAGCUUUCAGAACUUUAGUAGCUGUCAUGGUGUGUUUCAUUGUUUGGUCGUGAGUCGCACCAACAGCUGAAGAGAGGAGACUGUUAGUCACUCCGUCUGUCUCUGUCUGUGUCUCUCUCUCUCUCUCUCUCUCUCUCUCUCUCUCUCUCUCUCUCUCUCUCUCUCUCUCUCUCUCUCUCUCUCUCUCUCUCUCUCUCUCUCUCUCUCUCUCUCUCUCUCUCUCUCUCUCUCUCUCUCUCUCUCUCUCUCUCUCUCUCUCUCUCUCUAUCUAUCUAUCUAUCUAUCUAUCUAUCUAUCUAUCUCUCUCUCUCUCUCUCUCUCUCUCUCUCUCUCUCUCUCUCUCUCACUCCGUCUGUCUGUCUGUGUCUCUCUCUCUCACUCCGUCUGUCUGUCUGUCUGUCUGUCUGUCUCUCUCUCUCUCUCUCUCUCUCUCUGGAAGUGUGUUGUCACUUUCCCAGCUCUGCCAGGGACCAUUACAAUAUGGUGACUAGGAACACCACAAACAACAGUGUCUCUAUAUUCACAACAACACAAUCCCCACAUCUCUUCAGAUUUGAUGCAAUUCUAUUGUGCAAAACACUCCGUUGAGGGCUGAUAGGAGAUGGCGGCGUAUAAAUGAAGGGUCAAUAGCACUUCUGAAUUGAGCCUCUCAGGCCGGGAUUCAAUCCGAUCGCCUCUUUUAGAUUAUGCACCCUUCUUAAAGGCAAUGUUCCCAUGUUCGCGGUGACCACAUUCAUGUUAACCGCUGCAUAUGUCGGCUCAAUCAGAAAUUACCUUUAAAUGUCGAGCUAACUAAUAAAGCAGAUCUUGCCACUGAUUGGAUAGAAUGCCAGGGCUCAAUUUUUGUCUGUGCACACAAUCAUAGAAAAGAUGGACACAGUUUAUUUACCUUUUAAAACAUGUUCCCUAUCGUUUUAGUCAUGCAACUUUGAUAUGCAGUAUGGAACAGCUGAUGAUUUCAGGAGAUCUGUGAUUAAUGCGGCUUUUAAAGGUUCACGUUUGUAAUGUCACAUGCUCAAGUACAGUGAAAUGCCUUUCUUGCAACCUCUAAACCAAUCAAUGUAGUAAUCAAUAACAAAGUGUGUGUGUGCGUGUGUGUGUGCGUGUGCGUGUGUGCAGGGCCCUGUCAGUGUGCAUAGAUACAGUGAAAAAAUAAAAUCCAGGUGUCAACUCAGAUAGUCCGUGUUAUUUAGCAGUCGUAUGUCUUGGGGAUAGAAGCUGUUCAGGAGCCUGUUGGUGUCAGAUUGCAUGCACCGGUACCGUGCGGAAGCAGAGAGAACAGUCUAUGGGUUGGGUGGCUGGAGUCUUUGACGAUUUUCCGGACCUUCAUUUCACACCACCUGAUAUAGAGGUCCUGGAUGGCAGGGAGCUCGGCCCCAGUGAUGUGCUGGGCUGUCCUCACCGCCCUCUGAUAUAGAGGUCCUGGAUGGCAGGGAGCUCGGCCCCAGUGAUGUACUGGGCUGUCCACACCACCCUCUGAUAUAGAGGUCCUGGAUGGCAGGGAGCUCGGCCCCAGUGAUGUGCUGGGCUGUCCUCACCACGCUCUGAUAUAGAGGUCCUGGAUGGCAGGGAGCUCGGCCCCAGUGAUGUGCUGGGCUGUCCUCACCACGCUCUGAUAUAGAGGUCCUGGAUGGCAGGGAGCUCGGCCCAGGUGAUGUGCUGGGCUGUCCUCACCACGCUCUGAUAUAGAGGUCCUGGAUGGCAGGGAGCUCGGCCCCAGUGAUGUGCUGGGCUGUCCUCACCACCCUCUGAUAUAGAGGUCCUGGAUGGCAGGGAGCUCGGCCCCAGUGAUGUACUGGGCUAGCUGCACCACCCUCUGUAGCGCCAUGCGAUCAAGGGCGGUGCUAUUGCCAUACCCGGCGGUGAUGCAGCCAGUCAAGACGACCUCAGUGGUACAGCUGUAUAAAUUCUUGAGGAUUUGAGGGCCCAUGCCAAAUCUUUUCAACCUCCUGAGGGGGAGGAGGCGCUGUUGCUCCUUCUUCAUGACUGUGCGUGUGUGUAGACCAUGUUAAUUCCUUAGUGAUUUGGACAACGAGGAACUUGAAGUUCUCGAUCCGCUCCACUCCAGCCCCGUCGUUGUGGAUGGGGCGUGCUCACCCCCCAAUCCCCCCCCCCCUUGUUUCCUGUAGUCCACGAUCAGCUCCUUGGUUUUACAUGUAUGGAUUACAGACUAGGACAAGGAGAGAUUGAAAUGAUUGUGAAUAUGCCUGCUAGCUGUUCUGCUCAUGCUCUGAGAACGCCCCCUGGAAUACCGUCAGGCCCCAUGGCCUUGCGGGGGUUGACCCGAUUUAAAGACCUUACUCACGUUGGCCUCGGAGAGCGAGAUCACCAAAUCCUCAGGGUCGGUGGCAACCCUCACACCCGGCACAAUGCUGUUAUUGUUGAAGCGUUCAUAAAAUGCACUGAGUUGGUCUUGUAGAGAGGCAUCGCUGGGCAGAUCAGGGCUGGGUCUUCCUUUGUCAACCGUAAUGGACUGUAGCCCCUACAACAUACGGCAUGCGUCAGAGCCUGUGUAGUAUGAUUCCACCUUGUUACUAUAGUGUCCUUUUGCUCGUUUGAUGACUUCAGAGGUCAUAGCGGGACUUCUUCUACUUGUUAGUGUCCUCAGCCGUAGCCUCCGGGUUGUCUGGGAUAAGUCAUGUUCCUGUCCUCGGCCGUAGCCUCCGGGUUGUCUGGGAUAAGUAAUGUUCCUGUCCUCAGCCGUAGCCUCCGGGUUGUCUGGGAUAAGUCAUGUUUCUGUCCUCAGCCGUAGCCUCCGGGUUGUCUGGGAUAAGUAAUGUUCCUGUCCUCAGCCGUAGCCUCCGGGUUGUCUGGGAUAAGUCAUGUUCCUGUCCUCAGCCGUAGCCUCCGGGUUGUCUGGGAUAAGUCAUGUUCCUGUCCUCGGCCGUAGCCUCUGGGUUGUCUGGGAUAAGUCAUGUUCCUGUCCUCAGCCGUAGCCUCCGGGUUGUCUGGGAUAAGUCAUGUUCCUGUCCUCGGCCGUAGCCUCCGGGUUGUCUGGGAUAAGUCAUGUUCCUGUCCUCAGCCGUAGCCUCCGGGUUGUCUGGGAUAAGUCAUGUUCCUGUCCUCAGCCGUAGCCUCCGGGUUGUCUGGGAUAAGUAAUGUUCCUGUCCUCAGUCGUAGCCUCCGGGUUGUCUGGGAUAAGUCAUGUUCCUGUCCUCGGCCGUAGCCUCCGGGUUGUCUGAGAUAAGUCAUGUUCCUGUCCUCAGCCGUAGCCUCCGGGUUGUCUGGGAUAAGUCAUGUUCCUGUCCUCAGUCGUAGCCUCCGGGUUGUCUGGGAUAAGUCAUGUUCCUGUCCUCAGCCGUAGCCUCCGGGUUGUCUGGGAUAAGUCAUGUUCCUGUCCUCAGCCGUAGCCUCUGGGUUGUCUGGGAUAAGUCAUGUUCCUGUCCUCGGCCGUACCCUCCGGGUUGUCUGGGAUAAGUCAUGUUCCUGUCCUCAGCCGUAGCCUCUGGGUUGUCUGGGAUAAGUCAUGUUCCUGUCCUCAGCCGUAGCCUCUGGGUUGUCUGAGAUAAGUCAUGUUCCUGUCCUUGGCCGUAGCCUCCGGGUUGUCUGAGAUAAGUCAUGUUCCUGUCCUCAGCCGUAGCCUCCGGGUUGUCUGGGAUAAGUCAUGUUCCUGUCCUCAGCCGUAGCCUCCGGGUUGUCUGGGAAAAGUCAUGUUCGCACAGAGUUCAUAGCGGGACUUCUUGUAAUGUUCCCCCGGUUGCAGAGAUUGUAUUCACACUACAGAUAUCGGCUCAAUCAUAAAUUAUCUUUAAAUGCUGCAUUGUCGACAGCCAUCAGAUGAAAUCCCAGCCUAAGUGUGCGUCCCAAUGGGCCCUUGUCAAAAGUAGGGCACUAAAUAGGGAAUAGGGUGCUAUAGUAGUGCACUAUAUAUGGAAUAGGGUGCCAUUAGGGAUGUACAGUACAGAGUACUGUACCCCCUGGUGGACGUAUCAGUGCUGUUAGGUGCUACAGUGACAGGAUGGAUAGAGGGAUGGUAGUGGUAGAAAAAGCCUCAUUAAACAUUUCCUGUUGGCCAGGUCACAUGGUGUUUUCUCUUUCACUCACGCCAUCUUAACACCCUCUCUUAAUCCCGCUGGGUUUUUUCUUCAUCGCCCUCCAGUUGCUUCAGUUUCACGUAUUUACGGCAGCCAUCUUUAAUUAUACUUCUUUCUUUGUGAUUUCUAUAGCAUGCUAUUCCAAGUGAAGGGUUUCAAUCAAUCUGAAGAGCUUGCUUUGUUUUCGGUAAUGGCUUCUUGUUUUUCUACUUUUACUUUUCGUCCUGCUGCCUGUGGGCUGAACUCUAUAUUCAUGUUACGCUGGAAGUGGUUGUUAUUCGAUGGAGGUUUUAAGGGGUUGUCUUUGUCACCUGUCAGUCUGUGGGUUAACCGUCACUCUGUCUGUGGGUUAACUGUCAGUCUGUCUGUGGGUUAACUGUCAGUCUGUCUGUGGGUUAACUGUCAGUCUGUCUGUGGGUUAACUGUCAGUCUGUCUGUGGGUGAACUGUCAGUCAGUCUGUGGGUUAACUGUCAGUCUGUGGGUUAACUAACAGUCUGUGGGUUAACUAACAGUCUGUGGGUUAACUGUCAGUCUGUGGGUUAACUGUCAGUCUGUGUGGUUAACUAACAGUCAGUCUGUGGGUGAACUAACUGUCAGUCUGUGUGGUUAACUGUCAGUCUUUGGGUUAACUGUCAGUCUGUGGGUUAACUAACAGUCUGUGGGUUAACUAACAGUCUGUGGGUUAACUGUCAGUCUUUGGGUUAACUGUCAGUCUGUGUGGUUAACUAACAGUCAGUCUGUGGGUGAACUCACUGUCAGUCUGUGUGGUUAACUGUCAGUCUUUGGGUUAACUGUCAGUCUGUGGGUUAACUAACAGUCUGUGGGUUAACUAACAGUCUGUGGGUUAACUGUCAGUCUUUGGGUUAACUGUCAGUCUGUGUGGUUAACUAACAGUCAGUCUGUGGGUGAACUAACUGUCAGUCUGUGUGGUUAACUGUCAGUCUUUGGGUUAACUGUCAGUCUGUGGGUUAACUGUCAGUCUUUGGGUUAACUGUCAGUCUGUGUGGUUAACUGUCAGUCUGUGGGUUAACUUUCAGUCUGUGGGUUAACUGUCACUCUUUGGGUUAACUAACAGUCUGUGUGUUAACUGUCAGUCUGUGUGGUUAACUGUCAGUCUUUGGGUUAACUGUCAGUCUGUGGGUUAACUAACAGUCUGUGGGUUAACUGUCAGUCUUUGGGUUAACUGUCAGUCUUUGUGGUUAACUAACUGUCAGUCUGUGAGUGAACUAACAGUCUGUGGGUUAAGUGUCAGUCUCUAGGUUAACUAACAGUCUAUGGGUUAACUGUCAGUCUGUGUGGUUAAGUGUCAGUCUCUAGGUUAACUAACAGUCAGUCUGUGGGUGAACUAACUGUCCGUCUGUGGGUUAAGUGUCAGUCUCUGGGUUAACUAACAGUCUGUGUGUUAACUGUCAGUCUGUGUGGUUAACUGUCAGUCUGUGGGUUAACUGUCAGUCUGUGUGGUUAACUGUCAGUCUUUGGGUUAACUGUCAGUCUGUGGGUUAACUGUCAGUCUGUGGGUUAACUAACAGUCUUUGGGUUAACUGUCAGUCUUUGGGUUAACUGUCAGUCUGUGUGGUUAACUAACUGUCAGUCUGUGGGUUAACUGUCAGUCUGUGUGGUUAACUGUCAGUCUGUGGGUUAACUAACAGUCUGUGGGUUAAGUGUCAGUCUCUAGGUUAACUAACAGUCUAUGGGUUAACUAACAGUCUGUGGGUUAACUGUCAGUCUGUGGGUUAACUUGUAACUGAAGGGCUGUUGCGAUCAGAACAAAGACAGCACCUGGCUGUGAGUUAGUUAACCUAGAGACUGACAGCUAACAGUCUAUGGGUUGCGAUCAGAACAAAGACAGCACCUGGCUGUGAGCCAGCUGUCUGCCACCAGGAUGACAAGUCACUAUUUGAUAUUUCAUCUAAAAGAACGAUGAUGCACACUGUACUGUAUGUAUGUACUGUAUGUACAGGUAUGUAUGUACUGUAUGUACAGGUAUGUAUGUACUGUAUGUAUGUACUGUAUGUACAGAUAUGUAUGUACUGUAUGUAUGUACUGUAUGUAUGUACAGGUAUGUAUGUACUGUAUGUACAGGUAUGUAUGUACUGUAUGUAUGUACUGUAUGUAUGUACUGUAUGUACAGGUAUGUAUGUACUGUAUGUAUGUACUGUAUGUACAGGUAUGUAUGUACUGUAUGUAUGUACUGUAUGUAUGUACUGUAUGUACAGGUAUGUAUGUACAGGUAUGUAUGUACAGGUAUGUAUGUACUGUAUGUAUGUACUGUAUGUAUGUACUGUAUGUACAGGUAUGUAUGAAUGAUGCACAAGCUAAAGUGAAGAAAAAAAAUUGGUCUGUGUGGAGCAGUGCACAAGAACCUUAAUCAGUGUCUAAUGUGUAUUCACAUGUAUGUAUGUACUGUAUGUAUUCACCUGUAUGUAUGUACUGUAUGUAUUCAGCUGUAUGUAUGUACUGUAUGUAUGUACUGUAUGUAUGUACUGUAUGUAUGUACUGUAUGUAUGUACAGGUAUGUAUGUAUGUAUGUACUGUAUGUAUGUACAGGUAUGUAUGUAUGUAUGUACUGUAUGUAUGUACUGUAUGUAUGUACUGUAUGUAUGUACAGGUAUGUAUGUACAGGUAUGUAUGUAUGUAUGUACUGUAUGUACUGUAUGUACUGUAUGUAUGUACUGUAUGUAUGUAUGUACUGUAUGUAUGUAUGUACUGUAUGUACUGUAUGUAUGUAUGUACUGUAUGUAUGUACUGUAUGUAUGUAUGUAUGUAUGUACAGGUAUGUAUGUACUGUAUGUAUGUACAGUAUGUAUGUACAGUAUGUAUGUACAGGUAUGUAUGUACUGUAUGUAUGUACAGGUAUGUAUGUACUGUAUGUAUGUACAGGUAUGUAUGUACAGGUAUGUAUGUACUGUAUGUAUGUACAGGUAUCUAUGUACUGUAUGUAUGUACAGGUAUCUAUGUACUGUAUGUAUGUACAGGUAUCUAUGUACUGUAUGUAUGUACUGUAUGUAUGUACUGUAUGUAUGUACAGGUAUGUAUGUACCGGUAUGUAUGUACUGUAUGUAUGUACAGGUAUGUAUGUACUGUAUGUAUGUACAGGUAUGUAUGUACUGUAUGUAUGUACAGGUAUGUAUGUACUGUAUGUAUGUACAGGUAUGUAUGUACUGUAUGUAUGUACAGGUAUGUAUGUACAGAAGUGCAAUAUUCUUGCCAUUCCCUCUUUAGUGUUGUGUCCUGAUUCUAAAUGCACUCAGCUGUUCUUUCCUUCUGUCUAUCAUGUACAUUGUCUUGGGAGUUGAGCUUGGUGAUAUUAACACGGUCUAUAUGCUAAUUAAUAUGAACGUUUUGCACGUUUCCCCUUUAGCCGGCCCUCUAUAAUACUGCCUGUCACUCCAGCUACACCUGUUAACGUGCCCAUGUCAUUAUGACACAUUCACACCUCUAUACUGCUGCCUGUCACUCCAGCUACACCUGUUAACGUGCCCAUGUCAUUAUGACACAUUCACACCUCUAUACUGCUGUCUGUCACUCCAGCUACACCUGUUAACGUGCCCAUGUCAUUAUGACACAUUCACACCUCUAUACUGCUGACUGUCACUCCAGCUACACCUGUUAACGUGCCCAUGUCAUUAUGACACAUUCACACCUCUAUACUGCUGACUGUCACUCCAGCUACACCUGUUAACGUGCCCAUGUCAUUAUGACACAUUCACACCUCUAUACUGCUGCCUGUCACUCCAGCUACACCUGUUAACGUGCCCAUGUCAUUAUGACACAUUCACACCUCUAUACUGCUGCCUGUCACUCCAGCUACACCUGUUAACGUGCCCAUGUCAUUAUGACACAUUCACACCUCUAUACUGCUGCCUGUCACUCCAGCUACACCUGUUAACGUGCCCAUGUCAUUAUGACACAUUCAUACCUCUAUACUGCUGCCUGUCACUCCAGCUACACCUGUUAAGAUGAGUUGAGAUGAAGUGAAUUUAAUCGAGGGCUGUGAGUCUACAUAGUAUUAAGAUAAGGACAGUUUUUUGCAUCGCUGUCAUUUAUCAUAUGUGAUUGUCCUGAUCUCUGUGUUGAAGGUGUCAUUUAUCAUAUGUGAUUGUCCUGGUCUCUGUGUUGAAGGUAUCAUUUAUCAUAUGUGAUUGUCCUGGUCUCUGUGUUGAAGGUGUCAUUUAUCAUAUGUGAUUGUCCUGGUCUCUGUGUUGAAGGUGUCAUUUAUCAUAUGUGAUUGUCCUGGUCUCUAUGUUGAAGGUACCAUUUAUCAUAUGUGAUUGUCCUGGUCUCUGUGUUGAAGGUGUCAUUUAUCAUAUGUGAUUGUCCUGGUCUCUGUGUUGAAGGUGUCAUUUAUCAUAUGUGAUUGUCCUGGUCUCUGUGUUGAAAGUGUCAUGUAUCAUAUGUGAUUGUCCUGGUCUCUAUGUUGAAGGUGUCAUUUAUCAUAUAUGAUUGUCCUGGUCUCUGUGUUGAAAGUGUCAUGUAUCAUAUGUGAUUGUCCUGGUCUCUGUGUUGAAGGUGUCAUUUAUCAUAUGUGAUUGUCCUGGUCUCUGUGUUGAAGGUAUCAUUUAUCAUAUGUGAUUGUCCUGGUCUCUGUGUUGAAGGUGUCAUUUAUCAUAUGUGAUUGUCCUGGUCUCUAUGUUGAAGGUACCAUUUAUCAUAUGUGAUUGUCCUGGUCUCUGUGUUGAAGGUGUCAUUUAUCAUAUGUGAUUGUCCUGGUCUCUGUGUUGAAAGUGUCAUGUAUCAUAUGUGAUUGUCCUGGUCUCUGUGUUGAAGGUGUCAUUUAUCAUAUGUGAUUGUCCUGGUCUCUGUGUUGAAGGUACCAUUUAUCAUAUGUGAUUGUCCUGGUCUCUGUGUUGAAGGUGUCAUUUAUCAUAUGUGAUUGUCCUGGUCUCUGUGUUGAAGGUGUCAUUUAUCAUAUGUGAUUGUCCUGGUCUCUGUGUUGAAGGUGUCAUUUAUCAUAUGUGAUUGUCCUGGUCUCUGUGUUGAAGGUGUCCUUUAUCAUAUGUGAUUGUCCUGGUCUCUGUGUUGAAGGUGUCAUUUAUCAUAUGUGAUUGUCCUGGUCUCUGUGUUGAAGGUGUCAUUUAUCAUAUGUGAUUGUCCUGGUCUCUGUGUUGAAAGUGUCAUGUAUCAUAUGUGAUUGUCCUGGUCUCUAUGUUGAAGGUGUCAUUUAUCAUAUAUGAUUGUCCUGGUCUCUGUGUUGAAAGUGUCAUGUAUCAUAUGUGAUUGUCCUGGUCUCUGUGUUGAAGGUGUCAUUUAUCAUAUGUGAUUGUCCUGGUCUCUGUGUUGAAGGUAUCAUUUAUCAUAUGUGAUUGUCCUGGUCUCUGUGUUGAAGGUGUCAUUUAUCAUAUGUGAUUGUCCUGGUCUCUAUGUUGAAGGUACCAUUUAUCAUAUGUGAUUGUCCUGGUCUCUGUGUUGAAGGUGUCAUUUAUCAUAUGUGAUUGUCCUGGUCUCUGUGUUGAAAGUGUCAUGUAUCAUAUGUGAUUGUCCUGGUCUCUGUGUUGAAGGUGUCAUUUAUCAUAUGUGAUUGUCCUGGUCUCUGUGUUGAAGGUACCAUUUAUCAUAUGUGAUUGUCCUGGUCUCUGUGUUGAAGGUGUCAUUUAUCAUAUGUGAUUGUCCUGGUCUCUGUGUUGAAGGUGUCAUUUAUCAUAUGUGAUUGUCCUGGUCUCUGUGUUGAAGGUGUCAUUUAUCAUAUGUGAUUGUCCUGGUCUCUGUGUUGAAGGUGUCCUUUAUCAUAUGUGAUUGUCCUGGUCUCUGUGUUGAAGGUGUCAUUUAUCAUAUGUGAUUGUCCUGGUCUCUGUGUUGAAGGUGUCAUUUAUCAUAUGUGAUUGUCCUGGUCUCUGUGUUGAAGGUGUCAUUUAUCAUAUGUGAUUGUCCUGGUCUCUGUGUUGAAGGUGUCCUUUAUCAUAUGUGAUUGUCCUGGUCUCUGUGUUGAAGGUGUCUUUUGUUCAAUGGGUUUAUUCGAUGUCUGUACUGUUCUGCAUAUUCCUGAAGCCUCUUUCAUACCCGGUGCUAACGUGCCAGUUGUCCUGAUGUUGUCCACAUUUUGAUUGUGCCCACAUUUUUAGACGGUUGUAGUAAAUAUGCAUUGUGAUCUGAUUGGGAUCAGAUCUUACAGGUGUAAACGGGACAAGUUUAGGAUGCAUGUUAGAACCAGGUGUAAAUGGGAAAAAGCAUGGCAAACCUGUACUGAAUGCAACUGUUACCAUGUAAAUAUGUACCAAUAUAUAAAUAUGCUAUUUUUUUUUUUUGCAUGCUUUUUGUACACUAAGACAUAAUCAAAUAAUUAAAAAUAUCAGAAUCAUUUAAAAA